AUGUCGUGCCCCUCGCGGCUCGUCUGGUUCGGCAGACCUACUCCGUGCGGUAGCAAAGCCACCAGCAUAAGCACCGUCAGCACUCCCUCGGGACGCCGACGUUCCAAGACCCCGGACCUGCGCGAGCUCGCCGUAGUCUUCGAGGGCAUACCGACCUACCGCCGUUACAGGCCCGGCACCGGCCCGCGCCUGCGCCCGAUCACCCUCGUCCCGGUCCGCGACACGACGGCCUACAUCCGCGACGAGUUCUUCGUCCCGCCCGCCUUCUCCGUCGACGGCAAGAAGCGCUUGCAAUAUGUCGUGGGCUGGACCGACCUCCCCGCCGCCCGGCUCCAGGUCGACGCCGAAAGGAUAUGCGACUACGUCUCACCGAUGGCGUACGAGGAGUGGUGCGCCGCGCGGGCUGCUGAAAGAGACGAGGAGGAGCGCAGGAUCGAGGAGGAGGAGAACGUGCGCGCCGUGGCUGAGGCGGAGGCGAGGGAGAAGGGCAUCAUAUUGAACAACGGGGUGAGGGGACGCAGGGGAACGAAGAGGAAGCAUCAGGGCGCGGUCGAGGCCAACACGCCGCCCGCAGCGACCGCGCCGGCGACUGGGGAGAAGAAGACGCGGGGACGGCCUAGAAAGGGCGUGCCAUCGCUCUCGACGCCGUCCAAGAGCAUGAUACCGGAGGACUUUGACGGGUUGGAGACGGAAGGCGACAUCGAGAUGGAGAUCGACGAGGAGGCCGAAGAGAGGGCGAUAUUCCGGCAGCUGAACGGGGAGGAACCCAUGUCAGUCGAAGAAUCCUACGACUCUGGCGAGCUGAGCAGCGCGCGGGCACGAUCAGACCCUCCCGCGAAAAAGCGGCGGACGGGGUCGCCGAGGCCGACGUUAUCACGGCUUCUAUCCAGCAUCGAGACGGACAGCAGUAGCAGCACGCCUUUCGACUCGUCCAGAGGAGCUACCAGCUCACCGGCACUACCGCCGUUGCCUCAACUGGCCUCCCGGCCGCGAGAGACCCCUAUCCUACCGCCGAUGCCUCCGGCGUCCGCCCACCAGACAUCCACGCCCACCGCCCCGCGCACAAAGACGCAACCACAAAAGCGGUCUCUCCUCUCGAUACGAUACCCCCCGUCCACGCCCCAGGAACCGGCCCCAAGGCCCCAGACCCCGAUACCAGUACCUCCAACGAUGCCGCCGCUGGCACCGGCGACCGCGCCACCCACACUCAACCCGCCCCCCAACGGCCUGGGGACGACACCCACUCCAGCCCGGCGCCCCCUGAUCCAGAACACGACGCCGUGGACCAUCUCCCUCGCCGCCUCCAGGAACUUCGCCAACCUCACGCCUUCGCAGCCGAUCCGGUCUAUAGAACAGGCCCCAUCCGCGACACCGAUGCCGGCGCCGCACGGCCAAAGCCCCGCCCUCAAAGGAAACUUCUCCUUCUCCGCGCCGCCCGCUACUAACGCCGGCAGCGAACGAGCUAUCCUCAGGACCCUCCCGCCCACGAAAGACCAAGAAGAAGAGGAAGAAGAGGAGGAGGAAGAAGAAGAAGAAGGCGUCUACGAGGUCCUCCGCCUCGAGGGCCAGCAACAGCGUGUCAUCCGCGGCAAGUCGGUGCGCUAUUUCUUAGUCCGCUGGAAGGGCAACUGGCCCGCCGAGCAGAACCCGACCUGGGAGCCCGAGAGCAACAUCCCGCGCCACCUCAUCCGGAACUACCUCCUCAAAAACCCGCCGCCGCGCGCCCGCGGUGCCGGCGCGCUGCACCGCUACUUCGCCCCCUCGAUGCCGCGAAAGUACUCGUCCGUCUCGGAGGCGUUUGAGGGCGGUGACGGCGGCGGCGGCGGCGACGACGAGGACGAGGAUGCGGUCGAGGAGGGUGACGUUGAGGAGGGGGACGGGGAUGAGAUGCUUCUCGUUACGGACGAGCCGCCUCAGGCCUUCAAGCCCACGCUCUCCUGGUGA